GUUUUUAGUUGUGAUUUGGCGGGCUUGGAGGAAAGAACAGAUUGAAAGAACAGGUAGAUAGAGUCGCCAUUUUGUGACAUCGAGCCGUCAAAAUCUGUCCGCAUGGUGUCUGCGGUCUGAAAGUCGUCAGAAAUGCGAGCCAAGAACCACUGAAUGUGCCGUGACUUGGGUGUACUCAUCAUAGCUGCGGUGAUAUCGGAGAUUGACCUGAAUACCUUCACAGAUUCUUGACCAUCACAACAUAAAAAAAGAACUGGUGCUCAGCAGCAUGGGACUACCCGUCCCUGAAGAGAGUAUGGGUUGCCAUGAUUCAACUCCUUUUGGAAAUCAGGCGACUAGUGAUGACUGUGCUGUGUUUCCCCUUUGUUACGUUGUACAUGAACUGCAAAAUUUAAUAAAAACAGGGAGGGAGUCUACAUCCUUCAAUAAAAAUGUGUCGACCAAAGUUGAGGUGGCAGACGAAUCAUCUGUGGACAGUAACAUUCUCCAGGAAAGAAAAGAAGAGGAGGAAGAUGAAAAGCACAUAAACAUUCUCGAGUCUGAGAAGCUGAUAGAGACCAACCUACUUCAGCAGAACCAACACCACAAACCAGUCCAGCCUUCUGAAGCAGAGAAAGAAGACAAUGCUGAGAAGUGGCUAAAGGAGGACCAAAUUAAACAGACCCAUUACAAGGAGACAGUCCAGCCUUCUGAAGUUGAGAAAGACGUUGUUGAGAAGCUGCUUAAGGAGGACCAAAUUCUGCUGAACCAACACCAGGAGAAAGUCCAGUCUUCUGAAGCAGAGAAAAAAGACAACGCUGAGAAGUGGCUAAAGGAGGACCAAAUUAAACAGACCCAUUACAAGGAGACAGUCCAGCCUUCUGAAGUUGAGAAAGACGUUGUUGAGAAGCUGCUUAAGGAGGACCAAAUUCUGCUGAACCAACACCAGGAGAAAGUCCAGUCUUCUGAAGCAGAGAAAAAAGACAACGCUGAGAAGUGGCUAAAGGAGGACCAAAUUGAACAGACCCAUUACAAGGAGACAAUCCAGCCCCCUGAAGUAGACAAAGACAGUGUUGAGAAGCUGCUUAAGGAGGACCAAAUUCUGCUGAAUCAACACCUGGAGACAGUCCAGUCUUCUGAAGCAGAGAAAAAAAACAACGCUGAGAAGUUGCUAGAGGAGGACCAAAUUGAACAGACCCAUUACAAGGAGACAAUCCAGCCUUCUGAAGUAGAGAAAGACGUUGUUGAGAAGCUGCUUAAGGAGGACCAAAUUCUGCAGAACCAACACCAUGAACCCGUCCAGCCUCCUGAAGAAGAGAAAGAAGACAACGCUGAGAAGUUGCUAAAGGAUGACCAAAUUAAAUGCACCCAACAACAGGAGGCAGGUUGUCAGGAGACAGACCUUCGACUCCAAGUAGAGGGAGAUUAUGAAGAUGAGAAUCCGAAAGAUAAAAAUGACGAGAAAAACAAAACUGAGAAGUUGCUGAAGGAGGUGGAUACAAACAUCAUUGCUGAAGCUUCUUUUAAGGAAACCUUCUCAACCAAAAAAGAAUCCACAAAGCGUCUUUCUGAUGAUCAUUACAAAGUUAAGAGUGCCACAAAUGACACAAGCGGCAAUGGAGGGAAAGGGACCUGUCCAGCUGACCAACCGAUGAAAGAAAGUGGACAGGUUGGGGUCACUCUUCCAUCGUUGCAGAACGGAUUUAAUCCGACCAGAGGGGAAGGAGAUGACGAUGAUGGAGAUGAUGGGAAGAGACCUCGGCAGAUGCAGCUGAAGAGAGAUCAUGAGAGCGAGGAGCUUGAGAAGAAGAGGAAGAAGAAGAAGGAGAAGAAAGACAAGCAGGAGUCUCAGACGGGAGACUUUGGCGGGUCUGAAAGAUACACCCUUGCUGCCCGUGGAGAGGCAGCGACAGGGGCCAACACCCUUGCUGCCCGUGGAGAGGCAGCGACAGGGGCCAAGCAAGAUUUGGUAUUUAUGGUCAGAGAGCUUGCACUCCCUCAACCCGAACAUAUUUCUGCUAAAGACAUCCAGACAAAGAAGGAAAAUGAGAAGAAGUAUGAAGAGCAGCCUUUCGGAGGAGGUGACAGCCACAUUUCUGGUGUCAGGAAGCCCAGAAUUUGUCAGAAAGGAAUGAAGCAGAGGGCUCGAGCACCCUUCCUGGAUGGAGAGAAUUCAGUUGGAGAAGUUGAUGAGCUUGGGGCUGGGAUGGAGCAGAUGUCUUUAAGCGGGAUUGCUCAACCUAGGCGGUUGGGGAACCCUGGACCAGCGGGAGACACACCCAUGCAGCAGUACAUGCUGGAUGGGACCCAACGAUGUCAACAGAGAGAGAAUCAGAUGCCUCCCAGCAAGCACAACUCGGAAGCCGUAAAGGGAUUCUACAAUGACACUGGGCGUCAGACUCACAUCAGUCUACCCCCAGGACAACCACCUCCUACUCGCCAACAGGAACGGCCGAGAGGUCCGCCAGCUUUGACUUUCAAGUCUCCUACCUCCAUGGGUCCUCAAUAUGCCACAAGGAAGGCUCUGGAGGGUGCUUUGCUUAAUAUUGGUCUUGAAGAUGGUCCCUCUGAAAGAGGUGCGGCUGGACCGGGUCCGGGGGCUCCCAAGGAUGGUACAGAUACCCCUAGAGUCUGCUAUGGAAAGGGGAGUGAUGUAGAACCUUUGGUUGUGAGAAUCGUCAAGCAUGAUUACAAGGAAUUCCAAGAAGAUCAGGACGGAGUGCUUCAUUGCAAAGAGAUGGUGAUAAAAAAUGGAAAGUAUCAGGAAGGACUCCAGUACGACAAAUUGAUGUACCUUGGACAAGGAACCUUCGGAAGUGUGAUUCUGAUCCGGGACAAAGUUAGCGGAAUGAACUUUGUCGCCAAACGAGUUCCUUUAGGAAGGUUCUCGCCCAACGAGGCCCUUAUUUGGAGUGAUUUGGCCCACUCCAACAUCAAUAAGCUUCUUGGCGUGAUGAGGAACGGGGACAUGGUGUACUUUUUCUCGGAGUACCAUCCGAGUCAGACCUUGCAGAAGCUCAUCGAGAGUGAGACUGUUCUUGGACAAGGGAGGGCGCUGUUCAUUAUCAAACAGCUGUUCGAAGCACUCGACUGGCUGCAUGGAAAGAGAAUUGUCCACAAGGACAUCAAACCCGCAAACAUAAUGGCAGAUUAUUUUGACCACAUCUGGUUGAUUGAUUUUGGAGAGUCAAAGCGACUCGACGGUGAUACGCUGCAGACCACUAAACUGGAAGGCACAGAGUGCUACAUGGCACCAGAAGUUGCAAGAAGUGAAAUGUAUAACGGAACAGCUGACGUGUGGAGUGGAUUUUGCACCCUCGUCUGUGCUAUUAGUGGAGACCCACCAUGGUGCCGACGGUUGAAAGGCGUCCCAGUCAAGAUCUUCAUUAUUGGGAGUGCUCCGCCCCCGCUGGAAGAUGUUCCUAUCAAUGCCGAUCUUAGAGUUCGUGAUUUUAUUGCAAAUGGACUGGUGACCAAUUUUCGUAAGAGACCCUCGUCGGCCAAAGUCCUGGAGAACUUCCCACAUGACCUCGUGGAUGAGCUUUACAAUGUACGAGCCAUCGAGGAGGAGUUGAAACCACCACCCGAAGCCCCCUUUGGUAUCCCCAAAGCAGUAUGUGUUGAGCCCGUCACACCUUGCACCCCGAGAGGACCACAGGUGGAAUACUUCAGAGCAUCCCAGCAAUCUGUCUCCUUAGAUGAGAGCCUUGAUAUCACCCAGUUCUACGACGUCACGCAGAAUCCAUCAAAAAGUAACAUUGAAAAGCCACUGAGCCAACCGGAGGGUGAUGAAGACCUGUAUGGACCUGGUUCAUACGAACCUGGACAAGACAUGUAUGGACCUGGUCUAGACAUGUACGGACCUGACAAAGUUGAUGGCACCCCGCUCGAGACCAACAUCGAAGAAGGCACUCGCCCUGCUGCCAAUGCUGCUGGUCCACUCUUGCCACGUGCCCCUGAUUUUGACAUGAACCUCAAAAGAGAGGAGUUUGAUGGCGCCCCGGCCGAGAACGACAUCGGAGAAGGCACUCGCCCCACUGCCAUUGCUGCCGGUCCACUCUUGCAACAUGCAUCUGAUUUCAACAUGAACCUUCAAGCCGAGCAAUUUGACGGCGCCCCGGCUGAGAAUGACAUCGGAGAAGGCACUCGCCCCACUGCCACUGCUGCCGGUCCACUCUUGCAACAUGCAUCUGAUUUCAACAUGAACCUUCAAGCCGAUCAAUUUGAUGGCGCCCAGGCCGAGAACAACAUCGGAGUAGGCACUCGCCGCCUUGCCGAUGCUGCCAGUCCACUCUUGCAACAUGCAUCUGAUUUCAGCAUGAACCUCCAAGCCGACGAAAUUGACGGCACCCUGCCUGAGACCAACAUUGGAGAAGGAGAAGGCACUCGCCCCGCUGCCAAUGCUCCUGGUCUACUCUUGCCAGAUGCAUCUGAUUUCAACAUGAACCUCCAAGCUGACGAAAUUGACGGCACCUUGCCCGAGAACGAUGCCAAUCUUGCAAGUCCACUACUGGGUGUCCCAGAGCUACUUUCCAUGAGCCUGUCUUCAGCCAACAGCCUGGCAGCUCGCAGCUUCAUCCAAGACCAAACGGGGGACCAACAUGAUGACUCUCUGGAGCUUCCAGGGAUUUUCCUUCCUGACAGGGUCGUUGGAUCAGUGGAGAGGUCUUCCUCACGGACUGUGUAUGACUCGGCCGAGACUGGCAGCAAUCCCAUCGCCCCAUGUCCAAGCCGAACCUCCAACAGUUUUGGUGUCAGGGAAAUCCAAACUUCUGGCUUUCGGUCCUUCACCUCGGGGGUUUCUACAGAGUUGCCCAGCAGCUUGAACUCCUUGAAAACGUCUGUGACUGUCUUCACUGAUGGCUCGGACCCAAUUAAAAUGAAGGUAUCAUCUGGUGUUCUGGUCAGCGAUGUGGCUAAAACAGCCUUCUCAAAGAGCGUACCAACACCCUUCACCCUGGUCAAGCAUCAGAAUAGGCUCAUCGGUCUCCAGCUUGCGGAAUUCCUACUCAACGGGGAGUUUCUGUUGGAUGCAGUAGCGGCUCCAGACAGCUGCCAGAACUGGCUUUGGCGCAUCAACGAUGACGGCCGUUUCAGUCGCAGAUCAGGUCGAGUUUAAUUGCCAAGCAGUUGGCUUUUAACACUUCUUAUCCUGGUUGUAAUUUUCUAAGCAAUUUUAAGAUUAAUAUGUUCUUACUUUUCAUCAUGGUAAACCUAGAACAGAUUCUUAUAAACUUUCUGGGAUUAUAUGUUUUCCUAAAGUGUUUUCUGAACUUAAAACAGAAACCAGAAACUGGUUAACUCUUGAUUCAAUUUAGACGUUUCAAUCCAUCUUGCGAGAGGAUUCUAUAUAGGGUUGGCUCUGUAUUAAUAAGGUUUCUUGUUUUAAAUAUUGUUUCAAUUGUGCCUCACUCUUUCCUUCAGUUUCAUUUAAUCACUUUUUAAAAAUUGUUUUACUGCAUUUAUUUAAAGUUAGACCGAAUCAGUUUCAACCCGUAAAAGUUAGAUCAUUGGGCUAGUGGGUUUAUUUUUAGACACCUUCGGGUUUAUCUUGGAAACACUGUGUGUGGACAGAAUCAAAACACCUUGUAUGAUACUCUUUACAUAAACUUCUAGGUUCAAGAAAUCAAAAAUAGUUGCAUGUAUAUACAAAGCCUCAGUAUUUUGACUGCAUCAUUUAAGAGCAUAAAAAUUAAUAAAAAUGCUGGUUUUACUCACA